GAGGAGGAGGAGGAGUGUCCUGCUCCAACGUCCGUCAAGAUAAAGACUUCAAGGUUCCGCUUCACAAGUAACGUUACUUUACACAGCUGAAAAGUUUGUUAGUUUGGCGUCUCUCACACCGAAUGAAAACUUAUUUUACCGUACUUUUAUAUUUAUUUUGUUUGUAAGAAUGCGGACUAGACUUGAAGUCGUCAAACGGAAACGUGACGAGGCUGGUGAGAGGGUCACUGUAGCAGUAGGUGCCAGCGGAGAGCAGCUCCUCAGGGCAUGAAACUUCAGCACAAGUUUGCACACAGGCAGGAAGCGACACGAUGGCACUAUGCGGAAGAAGGAGUCGACCCAAGCUACUUUUUUUCCUCUUUGGUGCCACUUUAGUGGGAUAUGUAAUAUUUUUUAGGAACAGCCCCGGGGACGUGUGCGCGACAAAUCGACGAGAGGCCCCCGGAGAGCGCGAGGUGGAUAAUGAAGAGCUGAAGAGACCCGUCUAUGAGAAGCCCCCCUUGGAUUUAAAUGCCCUGGGUGAAAUGGGGAGAGCCGUCAAACUCAAUCUGAACGAAGAGGAGAAGAAGAAGGAGGAGGAAAGCAUCAUAAAACAUCAGAUUAACAUUUAUGUCAGUGAGAAACUGUCGCUGCACCGCAGGCUGCCAGAGAGAUGGAACCCACUCUGCAGAGAGCUGAAGUAUGACUACAGGUCCCUGCCCACAACCUCCGUGGUCAUCGCCUUCUACAACGAGGCCUGGUCCACCCUGCUGCGGACGGUCCACAGCGUGCUGGAGACGUCGCCCGACAUCCUGCUGAAGGAGGUGGUGCUGGUGGACGACUACAGUGACAGAGACCAUCUGAAGGAGCCACUGGAAGUGUAUAUCUCAGGUUUGCGGAAGGUGCGUCUGAUCCGGGCCACCAAGAGGGAGGGGCUGGUGCGUGCCCGGCUGCUGGGGGCGUCCAUUACCACCGGUGAUGUGCUGACCUUCCUGGACUGCCACUGCGAGUGUCAUGAAGGCUGGUUAGAGCCCCUGCUCCACAGGAUCAAAGAGGAGCCCUCGGCCGUGGUGUGUCCUGUCAUUGAUGUGAUCGACUGGAACACCUUUCAGUAUUUAGGGAACUCUGGUGAACCCCAGAUUGGGGGGUUUGACUGGCGGUUAGUCUUUACCUGGCACACAGUGCCAGACUAUGAACAGAAACGCCGUCGCUCGCCCAUUGAUGUCAUCAGGUCUCCCACUAUGGCAGGUGGUCUGUUUGCUGUGAACAAGAACUACUUCCAUUACCUGGGGACAUACGACACAGGGAUGGAGGUUUGGGGAGGAGAGAAUCUGGAAUUCUCCUUUAGGAUUUGGCAGUGUGGGGGCAGCCUGGAGAUCCACCCAUGCUCCCAUGUGGGUCAUGUGUUCCCUAAAAAGGCCCCGUACUCGCGGAGCAAAGCUCUGGCAAACAGCGUGAGAGCUGCUGAGGUCUGGAUGGAUGAAUACAAGGAGAUCUACUACCAUCGAAACCCCCACGCAAGACUGGAAGCCUUCGGGGACGUGACGGAGCGGAAGAAUCUCAGGGAGAAGCUGGGCUGUAAGAACUUCAGGUGGUAUCUGGAUAAUGUUUACCCCGAUAUUCAUGUCCCAGAGGAUCGGCCAGGCAUGUUUGGAAUGCUGAAGAACCGGGGGAAGACCAACUACUGUUUUGAUUACAAUCCUGUAGAUGAACACACAGUGGUGGGCCAAAGGGUUAUCGUGUACCCGUGUCACGGCAUGGGUCAGAACCAGUUCUUUGAGUACUCAGAGGAUGGUGAGAUCCGUUACAACACAAGGGAACCUGCUGGAUGUGUCGUGGGUGACAACAUCAGCACCUACCUGACUCUUCAGCUGUGUAGAAAACGAGGGCAGCCUAUACCUGCAGAUCAAAAAUUUCUCUUUAGAAAGGAUGGGAGCCUGUACCACGUGGCAAGCCAGAAGUGUGUCCAGGCGUUAGACAAGACAGACAACGGGACACCAGCGCCCUCGCUCCAGCCCUGCUCUGACAGCUCCCACCAAAAGUGGUUCUUUGAAGAGAGGAUGUAAUGGUAUCAACCUCGAAUAUAUGUGCAAAUACAUUUCUUAUUCAGGGCCGAUAUCCUGAGGAGGGAUAUGGGUGGAUUGAAUCGCUAAGUGUUUUUUGAUAUGUUUGCCUUACCCUGAAAGGAGCCCAAAGGAGGAAGCUUCCGUGCUCCCUUCCAGGCUCUAACCUUUGCACAUUCCUGUGCCAGCUGGAUUUAAUGGACCAAGAGGAAGUUAUACUUAAAAGUACUUCAUUUCUGAAGUACUUUGUGAAUAUAUAUGAGAAUCAUUUUUAUUUGGAUGCUGUUGCUGGGAGACAGGAGUCUACUGGAAUAUGUAUUGUUUUGUAAUCAAGGAGAUUUAAUGAGAACUUACGGAAGUGUAAUGCAUUCAGCUGAGAAAAAAAUAGUCCUGUUUUUCUGAAUGAAUAAGAUUGUUAUCUCAGGAUUCUGGGAAAUGUGUUCAUGCACAAAAGAUUCUCGGCAUUCUGACAGAAUAAUCUCAUUAAUUCAGAAAAGAGGGGCUGCAUCACGCUUCCACAGAACCUGCACAGUUGUACAUGCUGACAUUUCUCGUGUUUUUCAUUUACCCACUCCACUACUGGUGCAAUCUUUGAGAUUACUUUAGCUCACUUGCUUUACUUUACGCACGCAUGGACAAACACUGAAAUGUGUGUGCAUUUGUCUGAGUGGAAGUAACUAUUUUAUACCUCUGUCAUCAAACUCAGAGCCUCACAGUGAUUCUCAGAGCCACAUCACGAGGCAUUCUAAAAUGUCUGCACCUUCUCCUGUAGAGGGGGCCAGCGCUCCUCUCUGCAGGUUGCUUUCCUCCACUGUGUUCUCUAUUUGUUGAGAGAAAGUGGGACAAAUCUUGAGGUAUUUUGCUAAGACCCCUUUUCAGGACGUUUUGAGUGCUUUCUACUCUUACAUACCAGUGGCUUAGAGAAAGCCUUAGAUCACAGGCAUUUUGCAAGUACCUAGUACCUCUUCAACUUAAUCACCUAACUACUGAUAACAGGAGCAACUCCAGUCUUAUUCUGCUCUGCUUUGACUGAAGUCGUUUUGCAAUGCAAAUUUAACAUUAUGGUAAAAUGACACGGGUCAGGUCGCUGGGUUUGUAGUAGUUUUUGUAACUUUUUUUUUAAUGUAGUGCACUUGCCUUUGCUGUGUGCUCUUUAAAUGAUAUGCAGUUUCAGAAGACUAAAUCAUAGCCAUAUUUUCUGGAUUUUCUUCAUGUGAUGUCAACUAUGUUUAAUUAUGUAUUUCUAAGACUAAAUGACUGUGUUAUUUCAGCUUGACUACAGACAUAUCUCAGUUUCGGUCACUAAUAAGUGGGGAUUUAUUUGACUUAAAGGAAUACUUACCCUACAAAAUGACCAUUUCUGUAUCAAAUCAUUGAUGUGGUUAUACCUUAAAUUCAUGACGCUGAACAUACUAAUUUUUUUAUUUAUUUUUUUUGAUUGAUUGGGGACUAUGUUUAACAACAUCUAUAUCAAAAUAUCCAUUUACAAACUGUCACAGAACUCAUGCAGUAUAAUCCAAGUCUCAUUUAUUCAGUUGUAUGCUCAAUACUUUCCAAACACAUGCAUUUUCGUGUGCAAACAUUUCGAUUUAAAACCAAAAGUGAAACUUAUCUAUGCUCCCUUCAAAGCCAGACUAAGGUUUUUUAGUAAAAAUGUAUGUGUUUGGAAGCACUGAGCAUACGACUGGAUCAGUGAGAUUUGGAUUACACUGCACGGGUUGUGUGAGAGUUUUUGUAAACCAAAGUUAUGACAUAUUUUUGAAUGGAGGCAUGUGAGAAAGCUAACUUUUCUUCACAAAUUCAAGGUAACACGGUGUGACUUAUUGAUUUCCAAAUGGUCAUUUUGUGGGUGAAGUAUUCGUUAAAUGCUGGUAAGUGCAAAUUGCAAGAAUAAGCUCCUCUUAACACGCUCCAUCGAAAGUGCCUAAAUGUAAAAAAACAUAUGGUAUUCCUUGAGGAAGAUGCUGUAAUGCUGAAUGUAUAUUUUGUCACACAAUGAGACAGAAAGAGAAUGGUGGUUGAAGUUGUAACAAAGUGUCUGCACACUUAAUAUGUACGCUUCCCUGCUGAGAAUACAGUACGCAUAGGAAUAGCUGGUACUCCCCUGAGUGCACGUGUAUUUCUCUCGUGGGCUGUACUGAUUUGUGCACGCCGCCUCUGUUCAGACAGCUAUAGAUCCCUCUGUUGUUGUGGUCACUUGUGCGGCAGUCCCUCAGGCUACACAGACCAAGGGAAACACAGCGGAGGAGUCGACAGUUGUUGGUGUCUCCAGAGUGCUGCGAUGCCAGAUGGCUUCCCGAUUGAUUUUCUGGUCCUCUCCCAAUUCUUUUUCACCACCUCUCCUUUGCGGUGUCAGAGGUGUGCAGCAGAGGACUUUCUCCUCCUCAGAUGAGCACUUGUUACUUGUGUGCUUGAGGUUUGAUUUAUGAACUGGAGUCGUCAAGAGUACAGUUUUUGGCAGCAGAAGCAGAUAAUGGAGGAGACCGAAUGAAGCAAUUUGUGACCUCUUCCUCACGAUUAACCUUCACAGACUGUUGGCCCGCUGGUCUCAAAGGAGCUUUGUUAGGGGGCGAUCGUACUGAAAUAGAUUUCUUGCUAUUGAUUCGGAAUGUAAACUCACUAUAAGAUGAAUGGGAGAUAAAAAAAGACCAUUUUGCCAGUACCACAGCAGGGACUUGAGUUAAAUCACAACCCCCUGAUUUGCCAAAUACAAUAAAUGCACAGUUCUGUGCAGGAACAUCUGUGCGUACGAGCUCACAUAGUACAACCCUAAAGGGACAGCGCAAGAUGUGCUUUACUUACUGCUCUGAACAUAUCUAUAAUUUCACUGCUGUGUGAGGAGCAUUGUGUCAUGAGAUGGCUGCACUGUGUGGGAUGAAGGCACUAAAGAAGCUCCAGUACUGGGAGAUAGACAUCAUUUUUGGGGUUAAAGUUCCCAGUAAUCCAUAAAGGCUUUUGCUGGCACUAUGAGUGCUAUAUCAUUGUGCAGACAAAGCUUGCUGAUAAGUGGAAUGGACCAAAUGACUGGAAGAUUAUAGUCUGCUCCAAAGAGGGAGGUGCAGCUGUCUAUGAAGGAUUGUAUGAAGGUUUCAGGAGAUAAAGCUUGAUCUCGAUCUUAAAGGGACAGUUCACCGCAAAAUCAGAAAAACCUCUUGUGCUGGUUAUCAAUCUAGAUUUUAUUGUGAUAUGAGUUAUGAGUGGGGAUGGAAAUGUUUACCUUCUUUUAAAUAUGACAGAACUAGAUGGGAUGUGAUGCUCAAAGCGCCAGAUAAUCCACAGACCUUGUGUGCAGUUUCAUGUAGGAACUACUUUCUUUCUCCCAAGCUACACCUGCCAACCACAUCACCACGCAGGAGGAAGCUGGCAAGAGGCUCAUGCUCAAGACAACGCAAGAUACAAUGGUGUCCUUUUUGGCUGAGCUUUAAUAAUAGCUGACUCAGUGGUGCGAGGUGAGCCAGGCCCCAAGAAAGAGUGUUUUGAGGCCAAUUUUUAGAGCGGCCAAACAGUGUCAUCACAUCUGUUUUGGGCAUCUAAACCCCUCUCAAAAUGAAUUGUUUGGCUAUCGAAAUUUGAUUGGAUUCCAGUUACAUUCGUAAAGUCUAGAAGAGGCAACACAACUGAACCAUUUUAUCCCCAUUCAAAUUCAUAGAGCAUGAAACUGGCAGUAGCAGGCUUGGCCGUCAGAAGUCUGCGCAGUGAUAUGGGUGGUGGGUGUAGCUCGGUAGAACUGCUCGCAACAAGGAUCUGUGGAUUAUCUUGAAUAACUGAGUCAUGGUUUUUGGAAAGAGACAUUGCUGUUGAGUUUUUCAAGUGUAUUUUAUUGGCUGCUUUGAGCACCACAAGUUGAGUGUCAUCUAGUUCCAAAUAUUCAAGAGAAGGCAGACAUCUCUACAGCCGAUAUUUCACUCAGCACUUCACCCCAAACCAAUCUAGACUGAUAACUAGCUCUACAGGCAAGAGGAAAAAAAUGUGUUUGAUAUUGGGGUGAACUGUCCCUUUAAUAAAGUAGCACCACAUCGCCCAGAAAUGUUUGGGAACAGGUUGUUCCUUAGGAGUUCACAGUCGCUGGCAGUCCUGCGGACUCUCAUGGAGUUUCCCUGCUAUGAUUUAAGACUAGGAAAAGCUGCUUCAGUGAGUUUCAGCCGCGAGAGAUCAAACUCACCAGGAACAGGUGAAAUUGCCCCCCUAAUACAGCGCUCAUGCUUUAUGUAUCGAACACUUAAGAAGUGACAGCUUUUCUAUUUCGAUCAGUUUGUGUCUUUAGCCUGUGAGUGCGGCAUAAAUAUUCUAUCCUGUUAUUAAAAGGGUUAUUUAUCGUCCCCCACGGCCAUCUGUUAUGCCAGACAUGUCCUACAUAGUAAAACCUUUUUUAUGCUGCCAUUAUAUUGUAUGCUAAUUUGAUCCACGCAGCUGCAGUAAAAUUGAUAUUCGCCAGUCGAGGAUCAUAUCUCUCUGGCAGGUCAUAUAGGGCUUUUAUAUCAACCCAACCUGUGUCGUAAACAGUAGUGAUAUUCCAGGGAUCUGCUGGAGCACUUGAACCUGCAAAGUGGCUGAUUGAACUCUCACUCAACCUGAACCUGGACCAAGCAGUGCUGUUUUACAGGCGCAUGCACAUUUUCUUCUGUUUAUAAUGGUAAACAAUUCCCAGUGGAGACAUUUCAGUUAUUUAAGUGGUAAAAAUGCACAAAUAAUUAUGCUGGAAUUUCACAUUGUGUCGAGUGUAUUCAUGCUGUCAGUAUCUCCAGUGGCCUUAAACUGUUUAGAGGAAAGUGAAGGAUAUGAUUAACAAUAUUUUUGUAUUUGCUGGACCAUGUCUGAUGUCUAUGUGCCCGUUUAACUGAUGUCAACUGUUAAAUAAGUAAACACAAAUGUAAUGUUGGA